CGUCAAGUGAGUGGCGACCGGAAGGACGACAAUGCCCCUGCGACCCUUUCCUCCGAAAAUUCAAUUCAAUGUUGCUUUGACCUAACUUCCAGCGCCCAACAAGAACCCUAGAAUUUGGGGCUUUCGAUUCCGUGAUGCGAAGGUGGCGAAGAACAUCGCCAGCAUGAGCAAAGAGGACGAGCCGAGCAUCGCUCCCGUGCCGGAUAGAUGGUACAACAUCAGCCUUGGUCCGUCCUUCGGACACCACCAUCCCUCUUCCAAGUUCUGCACUUUACGAUAUGAAUUUAAGCCGGCUUCUGUUGAUAAGAACCAACCUGGAUUGCUUCGCAAGAAGAAGGACAACCGGGUCUCUGUGGAGUUUCAGAACAACCAACACGGAAAGCCUAAGGUGGUCUUCGAUGGAGUUGGCGAGGAUUACAAGGAUAACGAUGCGGUUCUGUUUUUUGAUGGUGAGACCUUCCGUCUGGAGCGGUUGCAUCGGGCAGUGAAGCGGUUGAGGCACAUGCGGGUGCCCGGUGAGUCUGCAGCUGCAGUAGCAGUUGGUCCAGCUGUUGAAUCUAGUUCUCCGCCAGAUGGUAAUGCAGCAAACCUUCAGAAUUUCAACAAGGAUGAGGCUCAACACAUGCCGGUUGAAGUGGAGAGGAUUGACAUGGACAAUUCGGAGGCAGUAGAUUUGAAACCUGAAGAUGAAAAUACUGCUGAUACGCUACCUCCAAGUUCUAGCGCCCCAAAGGGAUCGACUGACCUGACUAAUCAUGAACUAGAGGCACAUCUUGACAUUAUCGACAGUGGAGAUGGCCAUGAAGCAACAAAGGAUGAAAAUCUUUCCAGAAGAGAAAUUCACAGCAGCAUCGACAUCAAUGUACCCCAUCAGGAUGAAGAUGAUGAUGAGAUUGCCAAUGUAGAUGUUAGCGAUGACGAAGGCAAUCUGGGUUGUGAUGCGGCUGAAGCUCUCGGAGCCCAGGUUGCGGGCGAACGACGGGAGCAAUCUUCGACUUCAAGCAGUAGCAGUGAGAGUGAGGGCAGUGACAGCAGUAGCGUCAGUAGCAGUGACAGUGGGAGUAGGAGCGGAAGUGGCAGUAGUGGCAGUGACAGUGAAAGUAGUGAUGGUGACUCAGUGACCUCAAUUUAGUUCACUAGGAACUGCAGCUCGCCUGUUGCACUUGUUGAUAUUCUAGUGGUUAUGUCAAGUUGAGCGUGGUAAAUUCUAUGAAUUAACUAGUUAGUGUGUUGUGCAUAAUUGUAGGAUUAUCAUUGAUGUGUAAAUUAUGCAGAUUCUGUUA